GAAUACUACUUCUUUCCUCUUCCUCACCCAGCUCCUACUAGUAGCUUCUCAGCCCUUGGAUAUAAAUUCAAUACCGGAAGAUGCUCCACCUGCGGUCCGUCUCCGAUCCGCCACUGAGUCCCUCGACGCUGGGUCCCUGGGAAAUUCCUGCCUUGAGCAGCCGGCCUGUGACGCCUCUGGCACCGCGGCCACACAAUGCUGAUGCAUAUGUGAAGAGGCCUCUCCCGCCUCUCCCUCCCAUGACCAACUCGUCUGUUGUUCCGCCGCCUCUCAAGAUCAACAAGAAGAAGAAUAAACCGGCUUCCCUACCAGUAGGACUGGGAUCGAACAAUGCGCCGCAAAUUCAAGCUGAAGCUGAAGGUCGAAUCGCCUCACCCUCGCCCCGCCAAGCCCCGAGCACCCCCGUCAAGAAUGCCCAUCCCCCUCGCCAGUCGAGCCUUCCUAGCCCUGUGGCUAGUCUCAAGCACCGGAAGUCAAAGAAGGUGAUGCAGCUCAUGGGACUCGACGUUGACGUUACGAAUCUUGUUGGCAUUACCCCCAAAGAGGGCGAGAAGGAGGUUGUUGCUCGAAGCAGCCGAAGCUUUGACGACCCAUCCGCCCCGAACCCUGCCACUCUUUUGCAGCUUCCAGAGGAAGGGCUGGUUCCGGUAUUGGAGGACGACGACGGCAUGGCUAGCCUGUCCAGCAAGAAAAGCUCAUGGGGACCGGGAUCGCCACAUUCGGCUUCUGGAUUCCCCCUUGGCCCUAAAAAUUCUGUUCGUCGCCGCCGAAGUGCCCGGAUCUUUGACCAAGAUGGCUUGGGUCAUCUUGCCGCGCAGGAAGACGUGUUCAUGCCCUCAAACGAGGAGGAGGAGGAGCAAGUUGAUGGCAGUGACGACGAUAUGGCUGCUGGCGAGUACCACAAGUUUGCUGUUGAGCUGGCCGCCGCAGCGGUGCCGAAGACCAGCCUCGAUGAGGCUAAUUCUUCGGAGCCACUUGGGAGGCGGUCCUCCAUCUUGAGCUUCAAAUCAGGCUCCCAUUUCUCUCGCCUCCGAAGGAAAGCAACCAGUGCUGUUCGACCAACCACUGCUGACCCACACUCUAGGAGAGUGGGCAGCAGCGGUUCUGCUGAGAUACCCCCUGUUCCUGCUGUUCCAGCCCCUGAGGUUGAGGAACCCUCAGUUCCCAAGAGCGCGUUUGAUGAGAGCGACUCAGAUAGCGACUCACGCCCAAACAGCAGGACCCGAUGGCGCAGAGACCGCUCUUCACACAAAGAAGAUCGAGGUAGAGACUCGCCGGCCAUGGUGCGCCGGGACGAUGAAUCAAGCCUGUCGCGAGGAUGGGCAAAAACUGGUGAUCAAAUGAAUCGGCUGUUGACCGUCGGUAGGAGACGGAAGGACCAGCAGCCUGCUAAGCAGGAUAUUGGCGUCGUGAGUGAGAGCGUCUUUGCGUAA